AUGUCGUUUGAGUCAGACUGGUUUCUUUCUGAAUCUGAAGAAGAAGAACUAUUACUUCUUGUAUCGACAUUAAGAAAAAGACGAAGAAUAUGGGUUCAUGAAAUUAAUCAAAAAAGAAAGAAGCUUGGAGAAAAUAAAUUAUGCAAAGAACUACAGCAGCAUAGUGAUCGUUUUUUCACUUAUUUUAGAAUGUCGCCUGAAACUUUUGAUUACUUGCACAACCAACUUCAGCCAUAUAUCCAGAAGAAAAAUACAAACUUCAGGGAAAGUAUAUCCUCAAAGGAAAGAUUGGCAAUAUGUUUAAGAUUUUUGGCUACGGGCGAUACUUUUACUACUAUUUCAUCUUCAUACCGAAUGGGUAUAAGCACCGUUUCAAGUAUAGUUUCUGAAGUUUGUGAAGCUAUUUGGAAAGUAUUGCAGCCACUAUACAUUCCAGUACCAACUCUACAGACAUGGGAGCAAAUAUCAGAAGGAUUUUAUACAAUAUGGGGCUUUCCAAACUGCCUUGGGAGUAUUGAUGGAAAACAUAUAACUAUCAAGUCUCCACCUAACAGUGGAUCGAUGUUUUAUUGCUACAAAAAUAAAUUUUCUAUCGUUCUUCUGGCGCUAGUUGAUGCACAUUAUAAGUUCAUUUACCUCUAUAUAGAUGUUGGAUCAUAUGGCAAGGAUUCAGAUAGUACAAUUUUUGAAAAUUCAACACUCUACAAACUUGUAAAAGGAAGGAAAAUGGAAUUGCCUGCAUCUAAACCUUUACCAGGUUGUGAAAACCCUACACCACACGUGUUCAUCGGCGAUGGAGGUUUUAGAUUGGAAACUUUUCUAAUGAGACCGUUUACUAGAGAAUCAAUAAUGAAUGAUCCUGAUAAAAAAAAAUUUAAUCGUGCAUUAAGUAGAGCUAGAGUUGUCGUGGAAUGUGCAUUCGGAAUAUUGGCCCAGAAGUUUCGUAUAUUUUUGAGACCCUUUGAAACUGAUAUAAACAAUACCGUAAAAGUCGUCAAAGCAGCAGCAUGUCUACACAAUUAUUUACAAGAUAUGGAAAGUGCCUAUGUGUAUGAAAACCAAAAUUCUACUAAUCCUUUGGGAGCAUUUGUAUCCAUACAACCAAACAGACAUAGGGCAAAUAAUGAAGCGUUUGAUGUUAGACAAAAUUUUGUGAAUUAUUUUAAAAGCUAGUUUCUGUAAUUAAAUGGAAUGCAUUGUA